GUGCCUGGCCACUCAUCUGAAAUACAGUCCCAAGACAAUAAAGCGAAUAAAAAAUCUCAUUGAAGGCAAGGCUGCUUACAUCAUUGGCGGGCUGCUACACAAGGAUGACUUAGCUGUUGCAGAUAUGCUAAAUGUGCCAAUUUUAGGCCCAGAGCCGGAAGUGGCCCAUCUGUACAGCACCAAGUCUGGAAGCAAAAGAAUCUUUGCGAGUGCUUCUGUGCCAGUGCCACCUGGGGAGUAUGAUAUAUACAAUCUUCAGCAGAUGCAUGAAGUUCUUACUCAACUUAUCCUCGAAAAUCUAGAAAUUAAGCGUUGGCUGUUCAAACUGGAUGUUGAAUUUGGUGGGAGAGGUACUGCGUAUUUUGAUGUCUUGCACCUGAAGUGUUAUAAGCAGAUUCUAAAGGAAUUUAGGGAAAUUGGCCCUACAGUAUGGCUGAAGAAGAAAUGGAUUCAGCAGUUUCAAGUGCUGCCUGUUCAUCGGCCCCAAGAAUUUUCAGAAACUUUCUAUGUUACAAUUUUCAACAGCAGAAUAGAUCACAAUGCUCCAGACUUCCUGGCUUUCAAGCAACAUUACCAGUUAUACUGGGGACACAUCUUGUCCUUUCUGGAAUAUCUUGAGAGGAAACUAAGACAAUACGAUGUACCAGUUGCCAUUGUAGAAGGCCAGAAGUUGGCAGAAAUUUCAGCUGUCUUUGAACUUAAUUCACAGCCCAACUGGAAGGACCUGCUUCCUGUGGUGAAAAAUAGAGAAUUGGUGGAAGAGAUCAUCAAGCGUCCAGGCCAGCAGUAUAGAGGGCCAGAUGGCUUGGAAAUCGCAGCUACAAAAAUCCAGGCUAUCUGGAGGCAAUACCAGUGCAAGACCAAGUACCUCAUAGCUCGUCGCCAGAAGUGGGCAGCAGGUGUUAUUUCCAUCUCCUGGCUCAUGCGUGCUCAAAGGGUGCGGGUGAAGAAGACCCUAAAGCAGUCACGUCAGAGACACCUGGAAAAUUUUCGCAGCAGGGCCAAGCAUCUGGCAGCCAACUGGAAUCGCAUCAAGGCCUCCAGGAGAACUAUUAUCCACAUCCCAUCAUUAGGGUAUGCCCAGUCAUUGCGAUCAUCUGUGCCCAAUAUAGAUACUCAACAGAACCUACAGAUGGGAAGGUUAUGUGACAUCAGGGAUGACAAUAUAGAUGUAAUCUAUAUUUGCCCCCUGUGGAUUGGUGAGGAUGUAACCCAAUACUACAUGAAUCUACUUGGGCUACAAGAAGCCAUCAAAACAGGGAAACCUGAGAAAGUAACGAACGUGGAAGAUCGUCUCAAAGUCGUGACUCCUGAGGCAAUAAGCCUUUUUCCUAUACCUCCUCAAAAACUUAUUAAAGGUUCUACAGUGGGCACACUUGCUGUUUUGCCUGCUUCCCACCGUGAAAAUCCAUCGCUCCUUCCUCCAUUUGUAUCUGAAAAAGAUGCAAGAAAAGGUAUUCUGAGCUUGAUUGAACGAGGUUUAAUUCCUCCAGCAUCUGAGCUGACUGUUGAUCCACCUUUUGUCCAAAACAGAGCAGUAAAGAUUCAUGAUAUUCAAGAGAAGCGUAGGAAACCAGCCCCUGAAAUAUUUGGUACUUACCCGAAAAAUGCUUACUGUAUAGUUGUUAGUGAGUCAUAUGCAGAGGAAACAAAGUAUCCGGACAAGAAACCAGAAUCUAGGCUGCCAUUAAAGAUGGGCACUGUUACUCCUGCACCUUCAUUCAUGUCCAGGACAUCAACUAAGGACAUCAGCGCAGUUCAACACCUACGUGGUAAAGGAAUGGUGCCCUUUGAAUUUCAUCAGCCAAAGGUAUGGCAAACAACGUGUAUUGUAAAUCAGGAUGUACGGUAUGUUUGCAAAGAACUUCUUCAAAGUGAAAGUGCAUUUAAUGGCAAGGUUGCACAGCUCCUAAUGGACUAG